AUGACAACAUCUACAGUUAGCCAUGAUACACCUCUUACUGUACCUCAACUCGUCCAAAUUUGUAUCACAUUUUUCGAUGGUGACGAGAAUGUAGAAAAAGAUUCUCUUCCAUGGGCACUGUUUCAUGUUCAUGAAUGGUUUGUGAACAGUUGUGAACUGAUGGCGCAUUUUAUAUCAGUUUUCAUAGAUGCGGUAAACGAUAAUAGUACGCGUUUACGGAUAUGUCGAGCAGUAGGAUACUGGAUUCGGAUAUGUCCAACACAUUUCGAUGCAUCUUUAUGUAAGCUUGUUGAACGCCUCAAAUUGCUAGCUGUAUCGAAAAAUGUCCCGAAUUCUGCCGCACUUCUUGACCUCUCAUCAUUGCCUUCCUAUUCAUGGCUUCGAAAUGUCUCCGUUAGAAAUCCUGUCAGCCGCCAAUGUUCGUUAUCAUUUGAUCAGUGGACUCCUGAAGAGAUUGCUGUGUCAUUGAGUCAUAUUGAUUAUAAAGCAUUAUUCAAGAUUCCAAUCAGUGAGCUGAAGCAGUACUGUGUAGAUGGCAGUCUCUCACGUACUCCCCUCUUAGAGAGGUCUAUUUCAAUUUUCAAUAGUAUAUCAAACUGGGUACAGUGUAUGAUUUUGAGUAAAGGAACACCUGUUGAACGUGCUGAAAUGAUUACUAAAUUCACUCAUGUGGCGAAGUGCCUCAGACGAAUGAAUAAUUUCAAUACUUUAAUGGCUGUUAUUGGUGGCGUAACGCAUAGUAACAUUGCUCGAUUAUCAAAAACGUCAUCUGCUUUGUCAAGUGAAUUGAGAAAGGAACUUAAUCAUUUCACGCAACUUCUCUCUUCAACUUCAAACUUUGCCUGUUAUCGCAAAACAUUGCAUGAGAGUUCAGGAUCUUUCUGCAUUCCAAUUAUGGGUGUCCAUUUGAAAGAUCUGAUAAGUUUGCUGAUAAAAAAUCAGGACUCGGAACAUCACUGCCUUGUUUCAUGCCGAAAAAUUCCAUAUUUAGCGGUUCAUUUAUCGUAUUUUGUCAAUUUUAAUCGUACUCCUCACAAUUUUCCCGAUGCUAAUAUUGAUCUCAUUGAUACGCUCAAGGUUUCAUUGGAUAUCAGGUAUAAUGAAGAUGAUAUUUAUUGCCUUUCUCUAAAACAUGAACCCCGUACACUUCUUAGCUUUCAAAGUUCAACAAAAUCGGUAUUAUUUGCGGACUGGGCAUCAGGUGUGAGUAGUACAUUGGAUUCAGAAAUUGUUAACAAACAUAUUACUGCAAUGGUAGAAGCUGUGUUUAAAAAUUAUGAUUACAAUAAGGAUGGUUCCAUUUCCCAAAGUGAAUUUCAACAAAUUUCAACCAAUUUUCCAUUCAUCGCUCCUUUUGGAGCUAUCGAUACUGAUAAAGAUGGAGUUAUUAGUAAAUCUGAAAUGAACGCUUAUUUCAUCAAAAUUUGCAAGCAGUCGAUAGAUUUCCGUCGUGAAUUUCAGCAUAAUUUUCAUGAAGCAACUUUUCUUACACCUGCAAUAUGUGCUCAUUGUGAUAAAUUAUUAUGGGGUAUAAUUCGACAAGGUUUCAAAUGUCAUGAUUGUGGACUUACUGUACAUCGAAUCUGUAGAGGCAGUGUCGUUGUAGAAUGUCGUCGAACCAAUAGCUGGAAAACUACAGUAACGGAAUCAGCAAGAACGAGCCGAAAACUUUUACCUGGCAUCAAAUCAAUUUCCCGGUUACGAACAACUAGUGUCACAUCAGAACGUGAUCGAACAGAUGAUACGACUACAGAAUGCUUCGCAUCUGCAGCAUGCAAAAUGUUGCUGCAUCUACGACCACAUUCGAACAAGAAUCGUGCUCGUUCUGAUGUAGGCUGUUAUUAUCAGAUAGCAUGUUCUCCUGAAUCGCCAAAUACAGAUGUUGCGCCAUCUUUGGCAUGCGAAGAAGUAUUCGAAGAUGAAUCCUUAUGCAUAUCACUUUCCAGGAUGAAUGAUUCCAGUAAUACUUUGCAGUGA